CCGCGGCCAGGAGCUUCCGGCUCCUAGCCCGCUUCUUGGUGCGCGAGGCAGGCGCUGGGAGCAGAGGCGUGGGUGGCCGUUGCCAUGGAGUCGGACGGCAAAGGGGCCUACGUGCUGAGUAACCUGGCUGAGGUGGUGGAGCGGAUCCUGAGCUUCCUGCCCACCAAGGCAUUGCUGCGGGCGGCCUGUGUUUGCCGGUUAUGGAGAGAAUGUGCCCGUAGAUUACUGAGAACACAGCAGAGCAUUGCGUGGGUCUCUGCACUUGAGCCUGGUCCAUCUGAUAGUCAUUCACUGGUCCGUGCAUUAGCCGAAGAACUUGAGAAUGUGCAUGUGCUGCCACAAAUAGUACUUUACAUAGCAGAUGCAGAGACUUUCAUUGGAUAUGAAGAGUGUCACAGACAAAAGAGGGCAAGGAAAAGAAAUAGUAAAGAAACAGCAAUUACACUAGAAAAGCUGUUGCCAAAACGAUGCCAAGUUCUGGGACUGGUCGCUCCUGGAAUUGUAGUUACUCCAAUGGGCUCAAGCAGCAAUCGACCUAAAGAAAUCGAAGACGGUGAAGCUGGCUUUGCUUUAUUGUUCCCUAAAAUUGAUGGUGUGAAAAUCCAUACCUUCCACUUUUUUAAAGUCUUUGAUGAAAGCAAAUUGACUGAAUCAGGUCUUAAAAAUAAUCCAGAGCUCCGUGUGGUUCUUCUAUUUGUCUACAAUUCCUGGAAGCCGGGAGCUAAUCGGUUUCUUAAUCAGAUAAUCAAUCCUUUAAAUGAAAAAAGUAUCAUCUUGGCUGGGGGGUAUGUGGAGAGCUUGACGUCACUGACCUCUGAGAAUAACACUGAGGCUGGCGAUUCCUAUGGUGUGGUUGGAUUGGCUUUCAGUGGACCCCAGCUACAGAGUGCUACAGUUUUGUUAGACCAGGAUGUAACUGAUGAACAGACUGUAGAAGCAGCAAUGCAGCGUCUCAAAGCAGCAAACAUUCCUGAGCACAACACCAUUGGGUUCAUGUUUGCGUGUGUUGGCAGAGGAUACCAGUAUUAUAAAACCAAAAGGAAUCUUGAAGCAGAUGCAUUUAGGAAGUUUUUCCCUAAUGUUCCCCUAUUUGGCUUUUUUGGACAUGGAGAAAUAGGAUGUGAUCGAAUAGUCACUGGGAAUUUCAUACUGAGAGAAUGCAAUGACAUAAAGGAUGAUCUACUCCAUGGUUAUACUACAGUUAUGACUCUUAUUCAUCUUGGUUCAACUAAAGCAAACCAAGUUUAAACAUGUUUUUUAAAUACACCAGCUGAGCUACUUGUUUGUUUCCAUUCCAGAAAACUGAAAAAUCUGGAAUACAUACAUACUAUAAAAGCACCUUCCAAAAUCUAAAGUAAUCACUUUUGUAAUGUUAUAAAAUCAUGUAGUCAGGAUAGUGUUUAAUGCAGUAGGCAUGGGGAAGCUUUGCAUUUUGUGUAAUACCGUGCAAAAGUCAGAACUGCAGGUAAAUGUACAUGUGUUCAAAUUUUACAAUAGAAGGAAGCUUCUUUCUUUCUCCUAAGGCUAGAAGAGUGCACAAAUGGCAGUGUAGUCCAGCAAAAACGCUCAACAGUAUAGAGAAGUGAACCAUCAGUAUUUUGAUGUGAUCUCUUAUACAUGAAGUCUUAAAAGCUACUGAUGUGUAUGUGUCCGGUUCCACCUUUACCUGAGUCUUCUCUCAACAGAGAUAUGUACAUUCCAUCCAGAUUCAGAAUUGGGCCCUACCUACAAGCAAUAAUACCUCUUUAUUAGGUCAAAUGAGUGAGAAUAUUUGGGCAAUAAUCAUGAAGUGUUCAUUAAAUAAAAUACAAAAUAUAUAUAAAAGGUACAGUGUCUUCUAUUUUUAGAGAAAAAAGCCAAUUUAAAGGGAAACUAUCAGGUUACAAACUGACUCCCUUCAAGAACACCUUGGAUUAAAACAAUUUUAAGUAUCUGACAUACUCUUUACUGUGUCUGCUGUUUUACUUUUGCAUUUCUCAGCUUAGAUUUUCCGGCACAAGCACAAUGAUGCAUUGUGGAGGUUGCAGAUGCUGCAAAGGGCUGUUUAUUCAUUUAAAAACAUCCUGUAGGAGCUUAAAAAUAAAAAUGGAAACACUUUCAUUGUCCUCAAGUUCCUUAAAAGUUUUUGGACAUUUUUACUGACCCUAAAACGUGGGCCAAGCCUAGACCAAGUCAUGUCUCUUAUAAAUUAGUUUUUGCAAAAAGGUCUUUGUUGUUGCUUGUUGUAUUUUUCUCACUUUUACUAUAAUGAACAGAGAAUUUUUCCCAGGCUUCUUUGGGUUUAAGAUUUUAAAUGCAGUUUUUCUCUUAUUACCCACUCGGAGCAAUACAGCUGGAUUCACAAAAUAUUAACUUUACUAGAUACUGAAUUUAUAAAGUCAGAAAGAAUAAAUUCAGAAUUUUAUACAAAACACAGUAUAGCUUUAGUAUAACUCAAAUAUUUUGGUACUAUUUCAUGCUGUCUCUAAAUUCCAAAUCAGGUAACUGUCCUAUCCUUUAUGUUGUAUGUUGGCAUCAGGGUAGAUUGGGAAAUAUCACAAAAAGCUCUAAAAUGGGAGGAAAAUUCUGAUCCGUUAUAGUUAUUUGAUCUUCAGUAGGAAAGGGAUGCUUUUUUUGUUCUGGGACAUACUGCUUACUUUUCUGGAAACUGUUCAAAAUAACUAUCAGUAGUAUACACCUUGAACAUUUUUGGCAAUAUGACAUGUCAAGGGAAAAAUUGUCACUGAAAUUUAUACUCACAGUUAGUUAUAUCAGGACUAGCUUGUUUUGUCCUGAGGGAGAAGUCAGCGGAUCAUUUAAUUCUCUACCAUGUUACUUUGGCAUUUAGAAAACAUCAGCUUUCUGCAUUUCUUCCAUCCUGCGUUUGGUAAAGCCUCAGCACUGUACUGCUUUGCUGUGACCAUACUUAACUUUGGAUGUAUAUAUUGUAUUUCUUCAUCCUCAGCUAUUUAUACCUUUUUUCCCCCUUCUUCUUUGUGCUCCCAUUUGUCACAGGAUUCUUCAAAAACUUUAUGGUAUAAAAUUAUAUACCUCUCCCUAGUCAAUAAGGCUGAAAUUCUUGCUGAAUCAGCAGCAGUAUAAUUCAGCAGUAGCUGAAGGGAAAGCCUGUAUAAGAACUUUUUAAAGGGCACGUAUUUCAGAUCACAAGAGCUUCUGAGCCACUUGCAGCUUUUGUUCUCUUCAUUAAUCAGACACUUAAUGCAGCAGAUUGGAUUUUUUUUUCCUGAAGAGGAUAUCUGGAGUUUCAGUGCAGGCAUUUGGUAUUCAUUUGCUCUACGAUUGAAAUUAUUAUAGCGGAGUUUAUAAUGUGUGACUAUGAUUCAAAUUCAGUUGAUUCAAUGGGAGUCUUUCCAUUGACAUCAAUGGGCUUUAGGCAGAGCUCUUGUAUUGGCUGUUUCUUUGGGUUUUUUAAAACUAGAAGAAUUCAUACUGUGACAUUAAUUGACAUAAACUGUGACCGUAUAGAUCAUUGUUGCAACCAAGGUCCUAUAGUUGAACCAAAACUUGUACAAAGGAGGUUGUAAUUUGCUGGUUAUGAUUAUGUUGUCUGUAUGUGUUUAUCAUUUUUGUCCUCUCCAUGGAUCACCACCUUGUAGUGGUGGAGAGGCUUGCGUGUCUCCAUGACCCUGAGAGCGAUGUUGCGUGGAGCAUUGAUCUAACUAAAACCUUUGAUUCAGUGAAUCGCUGUGCCCUCUGGACUGUACUUUCUAAGAUUGGAUGUCCUGAUAAAUACAUCAGUGUCCUAAAAUUGCUUCAUGAUAACAUGAAAGCGACUGUUCUGAGCAGCACUGGCUCCCAGAGUGAACCUUUUAAAGUACAAACAGGGAUGUAUCAUCGCUCCAACCAUGUUUGCGGUUUUUAUUGCCAUCAUUCUUUACCUAAUUGCUGGGAAGUUUACAGCUGGCGUUGAAAUCAUUUACAAAUGGACGGAAAGCUGUUCAGGCUUAGCAGGCUGAAAACCAAGAGUAAGAUCUCCACAACAUCUAUUGUGGAACUUCAGUAUGCUGAUGACAACGCAAUCUUUGCCCACUCUGAGAAAGAUCUUCAGACUAUCUUGAAUGUGUUUGCCGAUGCUUACGCUUGUCUUGAUUUCUAGAAAACUAAAGUGCUCUAUCAGCCCUCUCCAAAUGAGGUAUUACAUGCCCCAUCUAUCAAAAUCAAUGGAGUGGGACUGAAGGAUGUCGAUCAUUUCCUCUACCUUGGAAGUCAUCUUUCAUCCAAGGCAGAUAUUGAUGCAGAAAUUCAGCAUCACCUGAGCUGUGCCAGUGUAGCUUUUUCUCAUUUAUGGCACAGGGUUUUUGAAGAUCGUGGCAUUCG